GGCGAAGCGGCAGGAGCGGCGGCGGGAGCGGGGCCGCGCGGCGGGGCGCGGGGAGCGGCGGCGGCCGAGCCGGAGCAACAUGGCGCCGGUGGGCGGGGGCGGGCGCCCGGGCGGCGGGCCGGCCCGAGGGCGCCUCCUCCUGGCGGCGCUGCUGCUGCUGGUGCUGAUGUGGGCGCGGGGGGCCGGGGGCCAGGGCGACCCCCAGCGGGGCGCCAUCCUGGGCAUGAGGCUGGCGAGCUGCAACAAAUCGUGUGGGAUGAACGCGGAUGGCAUCAUCUUCGUGUCCGAAGGCAGCACGGUGAACCUGAGGCUGUACGGCCAGAGGCUGGGCUCCAUCUCCAGCAACCUGAUCUCCUUCACCGAGGUGGACAACUCCGAGGCCAUCCACAACUCCACCAACUGUCCCGAGCUCACCAAGGACCUGGUCGUCCAGCAGCUGGUCAACGUGAGCCGCGGGAACACGUCCGGGAUGCUGGUGGUGCUCACUAAGUUCCUCCGGAGGAGCGAGAACAUGAAGCUGUAUGCAUUGUGCACCCGGGCCGGGGUGGACGGUCCCUGGCAGAGGUGGACCGAUAAGGACUCGCUGCUCUUCAUGGUGGAGGAGGCUGGGAGGUUCCUGCCCCUCUGGCUGCACAUCCUCCUCAUUAUGGUGCUGCUGGGGCUGUCGGGCAUAUUUUCUGGCCUCAACCUGGGGCUUAUGGCCCUGGACCCCAUGGAGCUGCGCAUCGUGCAGAACUGUGGCACACAGAAGGAGAGGCGCUAUGCCCGCAAGAUCGAGCCCAUCCGGCGCAAGGGCAACUACUUACUCUGCUCGCUGCUUCUGGGAAACGUGCUGGUCAACACGUCCCUCACCAUCCUUCUAGACAACCUCAUCGGGUCUGGGCUCAUGGCGGUGGCCUCUUCCACCAUUGGCAUUGUCAUCUUUGGGGAGAUCGUACCUCAGGCCUUGUGCUCCCGACACGGCCUGGCUGUGGGUGCCAACACUAUCAUUCUCACCAAAUUCUUUAUGCUACUCACCUUCCCCCUCAGUUUCCCCAUCAGCAAGCUCCUGGAUUUUGUUUUGGGCCAGGAGAUUCGCACCGUUUACAACCGGGAGAAGCUGAUGGAGAUGUUGAAGGUAACGGAGCCCUAUAACGACCUGGUGAAAGAGGAGCUAAAUAUGAUCCAGGGUGCCCUGGAGCUACGGACCAAAACCGUGGAGGAUAUCAUGACCCAGCUCCAAGACUGCUUCAUGAUCCGCAGUGAUGCCAUCCUGGACUUCAAUACCAUGUCGGAGAUCAUGGAGAGCGGCUAUACCCGCAUCCCCGUGUUUGAAGACGAGCAGUCCAAUAUUGUAGAUAUUCUCUAUGUCAAAGACUUGGCCUUCGUGGACCCUGAUGACUGCACCCCCCUCAAGACCAUCACCCGCUUCUAUAACCACCCAGUGCAUUUCGUCUUCCAUGACACCAAGUUGGAUGCCAUGCUGGAGGAGUUCAAGAAGGGGAAAUCCCACCUGGCCAUCGUGCAGAAGGUGAAUAACGAGGGUGAAGGUGACCCCUUCUAUGAGGUGCUGGGUCUGGUCACCCUGGAGGACGUCAUUGAGGAGAUCAUCAAGUCUGAGAUCCUGGACGAGUCGGAUAUGUACACGGACAACCGAAGCCGGAAACGAGUAUCUGAGAAGAACAAACGUGACUUCUCAGCCUUCAAAGAUGCUGACAAUGAGCUCAAGGUGAAAGUUUCACCUCAGCUACUUCUGGCUGCUCAUCGCUUCCUGGCCACGGAGGUUCCCCAGUUCAGCCCCUCUCUGAUAUCAGAGAAAAUCCUGCUUCGGUUGCUCAAGUACCCAGAUGUCAUUCAGGAACUCAAGUUUGACGAGCACAACAAAUACUACAUCCGCCAUUACCUGUACACCCGAAAUAAGCCGGCCGACUACUUCACCCUCAUCCUGCAGGGGAAGGUGGAGGUGGAGGCCGGGAAGGAGAACAUGAAGUUUGAGACAGGCGCCUUCUCCUACUACGGGACCAUGGCCCUGUCGUCGCCCACCUCUGACCACUCCCCAUCCCACCCCGCCACCCUCAGCCGCUCGGCCUCCCUUAGUUACCCGGACCGCACGGAUCUCUCGAGCACAGCCACCUUGGCAAGCAGCACCAACCAGUUUGGCAGCUCCAUCCUGGGCCAGUACAUCUCCGACUUCAGUGUCCGGGCGCUCAUGGACCUCCAGUACAUUAAGAUCACUCGGCAACAGUACCAGAAUGGGCUGCUGGCCUCACGCAUGGAGAACUGCCCUCAGUUUCCCCUGGAUGGCUGCACCAUCUGCACAGAGAACUUAGCCGGGAAGUCCGAGUUGCCUGUGGUAGAUGAGACCACAACUCUUCUCAAUGAGCGUAACUCUUUGCUGCACAAAGCUUCCCAUGAGAGCGCCAUCUGACAGCAGGGCCCGGGGUCCCCCGCCAGCCCCGCGGGGGUCUCCCCAGUGGGCCCACAUGAAGAUAGGGAGGCUUUUAGGCCAGAAGAGGGACAGAUAGCCUGUCUAACUGAGCAGCCAGAUGGCCCCCAGAGUGUGGGGAGUUUUGGCCUCUGACAGGGACCUCUGAAUAGCUCCAAAUUAGCGGCUGCCCAGCCCUGGACUGGCAGGGCAGUGGGCCAGCUACCAUGAGCAAGGCUGUUUUUUACUGAGAGAAUUUCUGAACUAGGCUCACUGCUCCUCUUUUUAAAUAUUGUUUGGGGAAAGGAAUGGGGAAGGGAAGACAGGGUUAAGGAACUUUAUUUAAAACAAAAAAAAAUGUUUUUUCCACAAAAACUUUAAUGAAAAGGGGUAGGGUUUCUCACCCCGGGAAGCAAUAGCCAUAAUCUGCUCCCGGCCAUGACCUUCUGGCUUAUGUCCCUGAUUCAGGGAGCCCACUCCUCCUCUUCCUCCU